AUGGCUGCACCCCUUUGUUCAUCGCAGCUCAGGAGGGACAGUUGGAAGCUGGCACGGCUUUUGCUGGAGGCGAAUGCGGACAAGGACAACGCCAUGCAUGAUGGCUGCACCCCUUUGUUCAUCGCAGCUCAGAAGGGACAGUUGGAAGUUGCACGCCAUUUGCUGGAGGCGAAUGCGGACAAGGACAACGCCAAGGAUGACGGAGCCACCCCUUUGUACGUCGCAGCUCAGAACGGACACUUGGAGCUGGUACGGCUUUUGCUGGAGGCGAAUGCGGACAAGGACAACGCCAUGCAUGAUGGCUGCACCCCUUUGUUCAUCGCAGCUCAGAAGGGACAGUUGGAAGUUGCACGCCUUUUGCUGGAGGCGAAUGCGGACAAAGACAACGCCAUGAAUGAUGGCUGCACCCCUUUGUUCAUCGCAGCUCUGAACGGACAGUUGGACCUUGCACGCCUUUUGCUGGAGUCGAAUGCGGACAAGGACAAGGCCAAGGAUGACGGAGCCACCCCUUUGUUCAUCGCAGCUCAGGAGGGACAGUUGGAAGUUGCACGCCUUUUGCUGGAGUCGAAUGCGGACAAGGACAAGGCCAAGGAUGACGGAGCCACCCCUUUGUUCAUCGCAGCUCAGAACGGACAGUUGGAAGUUGCACGCCUUUUGCUGGAGGCGAAUGCGGACAAAGACAACACCAUGAAUGAUGGCUGCACCCCUUUGUUCAUCGCAGCUCAGGAGGGACAGUUGGAAGUUGCACGCCUUUUGCUGGAGGCGAAUGCGGACAAGGACAACGCCAUGCAUGAUGGCUGCACCCCUUUGUUCAUCGCAGCUCAGAAGGGACAGUUGGAAGUUGCACGCCAUUUGCUGGAGGCGAAUGCGGACAAGGACAACGCCAAGGAUGACGGAGCCACCCCUUUGUACGUCGCAGCUCAGAACGGACACUUGGAGCUGGUACGGCUUUUGCUGGAGGCGAAUGCGGACAAGGACAAGGCCAGGGAUACUGGAGCCACCCCUUUGUUCAUAGCAGCUCAGAACGGACACUUGGAGCUGGUACGGCUUUUGCUGGAGGCGAAUGCGGACAAGGACACCGCCAUGCAUGAUGGCUGCACCCCUUUGUUCAUCGCAGCACAGAAGGGACAGUUGGAAGUUGCACGCCUUUUGCUGGAGGCCACUGUGGACAUGAGCAAGGUUGCACGCCUUCUGCCGGAAGCCACAGCUGACAACGACAAGGUUGCACGUCUUUUGCUGGAGGCCGAAGCGGACAUGAACAAGUCCACACGGGAUGGUCUUCACGUGGCUGUUUUCCAUGUACCCAGUACCACCUGCGGCGACGGCGAUGUUCCUUUCAUCGUGCCGGAGACGGAUGGCGGAGUUGCGGAGCUCCCCAAGAUCUACGCAAGAAACAGCCUCGAGCCACCGCUGACAAAACAUGGGAAGGCCAGCGAGCUCCGUGAUGCUAAGGACCUUGUCGACGUGUUGGCCCUUAAAGCGCCCCGGGCCUUCCCAAACAGACCUUAA